UCCUGCUGGAAGGUUGCCUUCGAUGUAGCCCAUUUGAGCCUGGUUAUUAGCCAUUAUCCAUCCUCUCAUUGCUUGUCUAAAAAAAAAAAUAUAUUAGAUAUAUGGACGAAACGAUAGGGUGGGCUAAGGCAAGUUUUGGGUGGGCUUGAAACCACCCACAAAAGGUCUAGCUUCGCCACUAGUUAGGAUACAUGCAACGGGAUUGAAUAACGUCAUAUCCUCUAUCUAUUGCAUCAGCUCAAAGCAUGAGACCGGAAUUCAGAGUUGUUCCUACAAGUAAAUGUAUUUCUAUUUCAAAUUGCAUGAUUUAAUAAUGAAGAUGGAGGGGUGAUCCUUAUGGUUAAGUUAAGUCUAAAAAUCUCAUGACAUUUGCACUCACACUAGGCAAGUUUGCCUGUUCCGUGCUGCAGGAAGAUUCAGCACGAUUCCCCCCCUCCCCACUCCCCCCAAAGGCCGUGGCCUGGGCACGAUUGCUCCUUCAUACAUACGUCAUCACGUCGUAAUACGAUAAUACGUCAUCACCAAGCGUCCUCGCCGCCAUAACAACGAUGGAGAACAACAACGUGAAUGCUGUCGUCGGCCCAAAUUUCAACACCUACAAAUCGGAGGAGGCCUUUGUGGCCAUAAACAACAUUUUGCGCCGAGGGGACAUCAUUGGCGUCCGCGGUAACCCCGGGAAGACCAAAAAGGGGGAGCUGAGCAUCAUUCCCGUCAAGAUGACGCUUUUGUCUCCUUGUCUGCACAUGCUGCCCCACCUGCACUUUAGGCUUAAAGACAAGGUAACCACGUGUGCCUGGAGCGACAUCUGGUCAGUCGCUCUGGUGGUUCAUCGUCAUGCAAUUUAGCUCUUGCCAAAAGAGGAAUUACUCAAUAUUUAUUCUAAGUGAAUCAUCUGCCAUGAAAACGGUAGAAUCAUAACAUGCAACGGGAUUGAAUAAUGCCAUAUCCUCUAUUAGAUCAGCUCAAAGCAUGAGACUGGUAUUCAAAGUUGUUCCGACAAGUUUCUAUAGUAUUUCUAUUUCAAAUUGCAUUUAUUUAACAAGGAAAAGCGUUGUCUAUUAUAUCCAAAAUUAAGUGUAAAAAUAUAAUUCAAUACUAUGUUACAUUUCAUAGAUUCUCUCCCUUCUUUUAUUUUAGUUUAAUUUUUAGAUGCUGACUGAAAUAAUCGUGAAAUGUAUGACUGGAACAGGGAUGAAGUUCUUCUAUUGUCAUUAUUUGACAUAACAGAAAAAUAGAUGUGCCAUUUUAAAAGCUGUUGUACUCUAUUGCUAUUAUGGGCAUUAUCACUUCCUUCCACAAUACUUUCACUUUCCAAAUGACUGCUUUACUGCAAAUGGGUAUGCCUGUCUCUCUCUAAGUCCACAAGACCCCAGAGACACUUUAACACUACU